AUGUGCUAUAAUGAAACUGAAAAAGGAGUCUAUUCUGAAAGAAAUCAAUACGAAACUGAUAACGGAUAUAUAAAGGCACUAGAAAAUGGAGAUAUAUAUAACAAUAAUGAACAUCAAAUAGAAAUACAAAAUGAAAAAGAGAGGAUUAACACGUGGGCCUCAAAAGAACUCCACGGUAGAUACAGAGCAGAACUCAACCAAACACACGUAGACGAAGAAAUGUCUACAAAAUGGUUGAAGUACGCCGGUCUUCAUGGAGAGACAGAGGGGUUCAUGAUGGCAAUACAAGAUCGAGUGAUUCCGACACGAAACCAUCAGAAAUACAUCCAAAAGCUAAAUAUACCAACAGACAAGUGCAGGAUGUGUCAUAUGGAGUCCGAAACAAUAGAACAUAUACUAAAUGGGUGUAAAGUACUCACAAACACCGAGUACCUAAGCCGUCACAACCAAGUAGCCAAAAUCAUACAUCAGGAAUUGGCAAUAAGAUUCGGACUAACCAAAGAACCAUUACCAUACUAUAGAUACGAGCCACAAAGUGUAAUGGAAAGCAACAGAGCCAAGCUCUACUGGGAUAAAGAAAUAAGAACAGAUAAGACUGUGGCCCACAACCGCCCAGAUAUAGUACUAGUAGACAAACAUCAAGAUAAGGCGUACAUAAUAGACAUAGCGGUCCCACUAACACACAAACUACAGGACACGCAUAGUGAGAAACGCCGAAAAUAUACAGACUUGGCCUAUGAGAUCAAUAAAAUGUGGCGCAUUAAGAAAGUUGAAAUCAUACCUAUAAUCCUGUCAUCAAUGGCCGUAAUACCGAAAAAUCUGGCCCUAAGUUUGGAAUCACUGGAAAUCAGAAAAACUAAGAUCUAUGAAAUGCAAAAAGCAGUGAUACUUCAGAGUUGUAGAACAGUCAGAAAAGUACUAGACUUGAGUUGA